AAUUUGCGGGCAAAAUACUCAAAAAUCAGAUUUUAAUGUUUAAGUCUUUAUUUGUUCCGUGACAAUACAAAACAAUGAAAUAGGCCCUAACCCCAAAGUUUUCGUCUUCAAACCCUAGAAAUAAUACGGUGCGGUCAAACUACCUCGGCGGCGAGGUAUUGGUGCUCUCGACUUGGACCCGAAACAAGCCGAAACAGCCAAUAAAGACCAUUUCGAUCACUUGGAAUCAAAACCGCCCAAAUUUGUAUCAUUUAUAGCCUAAUUUGCGAUUUCCCGGAAAUCGGAAUUUCGACCCGCCGACUGAGACAAAAAAAUAGCCUAAGUGGCGGUUUCUAGCCUAAUCUGGCAACCCUGGCGAGCAGUGCGUACAGAGACCACUAUCCUGCGAAUAAUUUGGCGGGUCCCUUCGCUUUCGUUUUGACAACAGCAACAGCUGAUGGGCAGACGUCAGAGGAUUGUUUUGGAGGACUUUCGCACUGUUGUUUUGCCUGUUUUCCUAUACUCAAGAGCAGUAUGGUCCAGGAUUGCACCGAAGAAACACAUCUCUGCGUCGAAGCGUCUCGCUGACGUCUUUGUUUACGUGCAGCCAGGGGCAACAGCGUGAUGCACGAGACGGAAUCUGUCGUUCUCAAGAGCUGAUGUUGCAGAUUGGGGAUCACUAAGACUCAAGAUGUAUUGGAGCCCAAGUGUUGAACCAUCUCGCUUCCUCUUGAUCAAGUCGCCAACUCCUCUGCCAGUUUUGCCCUAGUUCUCCUCCCCGCUUCAGUCAACAUGCUCAGCAACGCUGGGGGUACCCGGAGGUCCCCAAGAGGAGGGCCUGGUGCCUUAACGGAGAAGUUGAAGAAGCAGCUUGUUGAUGAGAGCCUCUCCGACCCUGACGAUCCUGGCAGUGAUUGUGUUGUUGCUCCUCUUGUGUCUGUCCCAUCAAACGGCUUGAAUGAAGGCAGAAAAGACAUGUCAAUGGAAGAAAAAUGUACAAAAUUUUUACGCCUCUGUGCCAGGGCGCGUAAUUUGGUUUCUCAAAGUAGAGGGCAGCUGUUUCUUGAAAGGAUGGAGGAUAUAAUAUCUAGCAUGGAAAAAUAUCGAGAAGUUGUUGUCAUUUCAAACACCUUAGGUGAAAAACAUGUCCCCAAUGACACUCGUCAACAAAAAGUCUCCCGAUGCCUUAAAGCCCCCCUUAUUUGGAAUAACAGCAACCAAAAGAAAAAUACUUAUACGGAAAGAAGGAUAUUUCCCUGCUCCAUCUGCAAUAAGACGUUAACUACACCACUAGGAUUGAGAUUACACUUCAGAAUCCAUACAGGUGAAAAACCUUUCGAGUGCCAAGUUUGCUGGAAGAAGUUUGAACAAUCAAGUUCUCUUGGAGUUCAUUUGAGGACACAUGCUGGAGAAAAGGCAGGGGAGAACACUCUGGAAGGAGAGAGAUUGGUUGGUAACUACAUCGACAGAAGGAUACAAAACACUUCAGCUCCUCCUAUUCAGGCUGACACUAUACGCAAUGAUGAUAACUUCAAUAGUCAAGAGAACUCUAUUACAUUGGCACAAAGUGAUGAUGAUUCAUGUCUGCUCUCGUCCCAUACCCAGGAUGAAACCAACCAUGACAAUACCGACCAGGAUGAAACCAACCAUAACGAUACCGACCAGAAUGAAACCAACCAGGAUGAAACCAAACAAGAUGAAAUUGGCCAGGAUGAAAUCAACCAGUCUAAUAAUGAUGAUAAUAGUGAUAAUAAUGACAAUUUUAAGGAAGUUGAAAGUGAGAACUCUAUUAAUUCGGCUUCAAGUGAUGAUGAUUCAUAUUCACCUUCUCUUGGUCACAAGUCUUUGGAUUCUGAGUGCUCUUCAGAUGAAUCUAACGAUAUAAGUGAUGACAAUACAAGAUUCAAACCAAAGAAGAUUAUCCACGAAGGAAGAACAAUGUUCCCCUGCACCAUGUGUAGUAAGAUGUUAACUACAGCACUCGGCUUUAGAUUACACUUAAGAACCCAUACAGGGGAAAAGCCGUAUAAUUGCCAUGUUUGCAAUAAGAAGUUUGCACAACCAAGUGCUCUUAGAGGUCAUAUAAGAACACAUACUGGAGAAAAACCAUAUGAAUGUGCCAUUUGUGGUAAGAAGUAUGAUAAGAAGAUCUAUCUAAGCUUUCAUCUCCGGCUCCAUUCUUCGGGAGCACUAACCUGUGAGGAGGAAAAUGCUCCCGAAGAAGAGAGGACAUUUUUGUGUCACAUCUGUAGCAAGAUGUUUACUACGCAAAAAUCCCUCAGCUCACACCUACAAACUCACUCAGGAGAAAAGUCUUACCUGUGCCAUUUUUGUGAUAAGUCUUUCUCGCAGAGUAGUAAUCUCAGAAGUCAUAUAAGAAUCCAUACUGAUGAAAGACCGUUUGAAUGCACCAUUUGUGGCAAGAAGUUUAGGGAGAAAAGGGGUCUUAAUCUACAUCUUCAAUUCCAUCGGGGUGAAAAGCCAUUGGAGUGCCAUAUUUGUUCUAAGAGGUUUAGAGGAAAAGCGAAUCUUCGAAAACAUAUAAGAACCCAUACUGGUGAAAAGCCUUUUACGUGCUCACAUUGUGAUCAGAAGUUUACUCAGAAACAUGCUCUGGACGCUCAUGUUGCAAAUCGUCAUACUGGAGAAAAGCCCUUUGAGUGCACUCAAUGUGAUAAAAAGUACAGUCAAAGGAGUCUACUGAAUGCUCAUGUUAAUGCAGUCCAUUUAGGUAAAAAACCAAAAAGCUUGCGUGCCCAUGUGUGCCCACUUUGCAAUAAAACUUUGUCCAGCGGAUAUCUUCUCAAGCAACAUGUUGAAGUUACCCACACUGGAGAUAGGCCUUUCGAGUGCCCAAUUUGUCAAAAGAAGAUAAGUAGCUCUUCUAAUCUCAAGACUCAUAUUAAAACUCACUCUGGGGAGAGGUGUUUUGAAUGCACUGUUUGUCACAAGAGGUACAGCACUAAAGCUAAUCUUGGAACUCAUUUUAGAACUCAUACAGGAGAAAGGCCCUUUGAGUGCACAGUUUGCAACAAGAAGUUCAAACAAUCAUAUGAACUUAAAGAGCAUAGCAGAAUUCACACUGGAGAUAGACCUUUUGGGUGCACAGUUUGUGAAAAGAAAUUCACCCAAGCAGGCACUCUUAGAAAACAUCUUCAAACUCAUAAACCACGGUAGGCCUUUGAAUGCAUAGCUAGGUGUAAAAAGUUCUGACCAAGCAUUUCAGAUCUCAUUUUAUAAUUAAAAGGUUUUGGGAGAAGCCUAAAAGACUUGUUUUCAUCAGAGCCGUAUGGCUCUGCGGCUCUGGUUUUCAUCAUAUGUAUGUAGAAGAAAAAUAUUUUAUUGCUUUUUGUUUUGCAAUCUUAUUUUAUAAAGACUACCCAA